UAUCUAAUAUCUUUUUGAAUACUUAAUAGAUUAGACUACUCUAAGUUGCGGGGAAAAAAAACUGAAGAAGAUACUACAAAUAAGGUGUCGCUCCCUCGACUAUGGAAUUCGCAUUGAUGCGCCUGAUGACUGUCUUCCUGUCUUUGUGUGACUUCACGGCAGGGUCUUCUAGCGCCAUUUCGUGUAUUCCAUCAGAAAUUCGAGGAGUGCAGCGUGAAGUAUGGAGAGACUUGUCCGGUCUGUCUGAUCUUAAGAGCCUGCUGACAAACAGCCGUUACCCUGACAACGUUACACAAGUCCAGACUCUCACAACAUUCAAGGCUCCGCAAAACGACGGCGAUAAAUAUGGACAGCGGCUACUUGGAUACUUUGUUCCAUCAAUCGCUGGUAGUUAUCGGUUUGAGGCGGACUGUAACUAUCAGUGUGAAGUGAUAAUACGCACGACGACCAAACCAGUGGACACGCUAGUCUCCUUUACAAUUCUGACUCCUGGCAGCAGGCGUGUGCCCAAAUACAUCUAUAUGGAGAUGGGCGUGGCGUACCUGAUACAAGUCGUCCACGUGGAGGUCGUUGGGCAAGAUUACAUGGAACUGCGCAUGAUCUCACCAACCACCAACUCGUAUCGCGUGAUACCUACUGACCAUCUUAUAGCAGUAUCAACAGGCACGCCUGUGCGGACCGUGAGCAUGUUAGGAGACUGGGGACAAUGGUCCAGCUGUAUCGUCACAUGUGGAGAGGGGAGGUCUUCUCGUCAUAGAGCAUGCGCAGAUAAUCCAGCCAAAUUUUCUCUUAGCGUUGGGGCAUUAAACGAGACGGCUAAUAAAACUCGAGCUUGUAGAGUUAACAUCUCAUGCGUAGAUACACCAGCCGCACCACACAACGUGACCGCCUAUAGUAUCAGCUCCACCGCAUUGAAAAUCUCCUGGAGUCAAGUGCGUCACGCAAGUCACUACAUAGUGACGUUAAGCGCCAGUGACUCAUAUCGUGACGUAGUCUGUAACGCAAGUACUAUCAGUAUGGAAGUUAGGGGACUAAAAAGGUUCACCUUUUACAGUGCUUGUGUAGCCGCGGUUAACAGCUUGGGUAGAAAUAGCGCAUGUGUGAAUGUCAGUACAGAUGAGGGCGGAUACAAUGCAAGCCUUCACCUGCAAGCAGUUAACUACACAAGUCAGACAGCCAUCAGGUUACGGUGGACAGUACCAUCCCCUUUUUGGAUGGCAUCGCGUAUUGAAGUCAAGCUAAUCUAUGAAGUCGCGAAUACCAAGCGUCUUAAUAAAUCUGGUCGCAUGGAGGAAAAAGUGGAAUGGAAUGCGACGUCAUGGUUACUGGAAGGGCUUAUUCCCCAUACCACGUACAGUAUACAACUUGUUGCCAUGGAAUUCAAAGAACAAAGGUUCCUCAGCAACGUUGUUAUUGCGGAAACCUGUCCUUGUCCCGUAACGUUUACCCCAAACUGGUUUGAAAUACCGCCCUACGCAUUAGACAUGUCUGGCGGGAGCGCGGUGACGUCACAGCCAAUAGGAGUAGUCUCUCAAGCUUUGUCACACAUGGUGAAGGAUGUGUGUGGGGUAUGCCUGUCUUAUGGUGUCUCGACUAUUGCAUACGGCAAUUCAACUGCAAACUCAACAAAGAAGAAUAAUAUUUAUCAAGUGUUGCAGGACGCAGCUCACUGCGAUCUCUCAUUCCCUGUAACCAAGCCAGCUCGUCCCAUACCCGGCCUUGUCUACAUCCCCGUGGUCCGAGUACCGGGCGUUUUGCUCCUCACCGUACAGAAAUCCCCAGGGGCCUAUGCCCGGACGGUGGCCAGGUCUGUGUGCCAGUGCUGGCCACUGCUGGUUAUCAAUCUUGUGAUGACGUCAUUAGCAGCAAUCGUGCUGUGGAUGCUGGACAGCGCGUCCAGCUCGGAGGAGUUUCCAUUGUCAUUUCUUGCCGGCGUUCGUGAAACAUUCUGGUGGUCGUUUGUUACUUCGACAACAGUUGGUUAUGGCGAUCGAGUUCCCAGAUCCCUCCUCGGCCGUACCUUCGCUAUGGCCUGGUCACUUAUGGGCAUGGUGCUGACGUCAUUGUUGAUAAGUGCUGUGACGUCAUCACUCAUAAUCACCGUCAUCACUGAGAACAUGACAGUGGAGAAAGGACGUAAGGUUGGUGCAGUCGAGGGCAGCGUAGCUUUCACCGUUGCCAAAAAGCUUGCAGGAACGAUGGCAACAGUCGCAAGUUACCCAAACGCCGAGACUUUAGCCUAUGCCUUAUCACGUGACGAAAUCGACGGCUGCUUGAUUGACAUGCACUCGGCUGGCUUCUACAGUGAUCAGCUCACUCGCAAGGGUCUCAAGGUCUCGCAGGUCAUUAAUCGCCCUUUCACUUACGGUGUGCUGAUUGGUGGGAACGCGUCGCAACUAGCCAAUCAAAUGGAGAAAACGCUAAAAGUUAAUGAGCUUCAGGUUUUACGCUAUCUACAGAAGAUGCACCAUGGUACCGACGCUGAACACGAGAAAAACCGUACCCCUUCUCCGCCAAAGGAACAAUUGUCUAUAGAGUUUCUGGACCCGAGAUCUGAUUUGUACACACUGGUGGUUCUACUCACUGGGAGCUUGCUGGCUUGUGCUGUGAUUGGUGGAAUGAUGUACCACGUGAUGUGCUACAAAAAUCGAAAAACCACACGCAUAGCCACAGAAAGAGCCCAGAGAAUGGCAGAAUACCACAGAAGAAUAUCGAUGAUGAGGGAAAUCCUGGAAGAAUUUUAUCGAAAUUUUCGACGUACCUACGACGACUUGAAAGAGUUGCAUGGACUACAGCUCAAAGAGUGCCUUAGAAAGAAAACUAAGAAUGACAGCCAGGUAGAGCUACAGCAUAUCAGACGAAAAACUGUAGAUUGUUAAAUUCGACAUGCGUAAAGGAACAAUUUAGUAUGCGACCUGCCUACGACCAGGGUUUGGAUCUAGCUUCUGCCAAGGGGGAGGGGGUGGGUUGACCAAAAAAAUGUCGUCUUUACCUUCGUAACUAUUUUGGAAGAACAGACACAAUGAAAACAAUAAAAAAAGGCAGCCCAAGGGGGAGGGGGUGGGGGUUAAAACCUCGAGCGUCGUAGCGGGGUCGUAGACUGAUUUACACUCUACGACUAAAGUUGUAGAGAUGUUGCGGGCAAGUCGCAUACUCAAGUUGCAUACAUUAGUGUAGGCGCCUACAUCAUGAGGGAGACGUGACGUAAUUGCUCUAAUUAUCCCGUGAGUAUUUUUUUUAUAAAGAAUGAUUCCCAAAUAUGGUCACUUACCAGUCUUCCUUGACUUUAUGCAGUAGAAUCCUGGUAACACAAGCAUCGCCCCGUUAAUUGAAAGUAGACAACUUAUGGCGUAACUGGGGGAGGCGUAACUAGGGGUUGAGCAAGGGCGCGCAUUUAACAUGCGCAUGCUUACGUAAGGCGCGUUAAAAAUAAUAUAAAACACCCCUCCCUCCCCUCCAAAAAAGCGUAAGUAUGAGAUACCUAACAAGACAAGAGCCGACGAAAAAUACUGAAGUGGGCCAGGCUUUCUCGGGAGUUAGUCUUAUUUGAAGCUCAUACACUAGCUAAUUCAGACAUCAUAUGAAUAAAAUGCGCGACGUCUCAUAUUAUUUGGAGCUAAUGUACUGCAAAAUGAGUAGCAAAAUGAGAUCUAGAUUUUUAAUCUAGAACAUGUGUUUGGGAAUGAUUUAUGUUGUAUGGCUAUUAAACGAGUAUUCACAAUAAUUUUAAUACGCUCCAUGAGCAAUUAAAUCGAGACCCUCCAAUCAUCAGUAUUUUAGCAAACUUCUGAAUACUAGUAAUGGAUGGGCAUAAAUUUUCGUUCAUAGCGCAGCAAUAUUUGCACGUUCCUCUAUCAAAUCCGAGAUAAGCAUCGCGCUUAUAAACAGUCGGCAAUCACAAGAUUUUGGAGCACAGAGAAGAAAAAGAGACGUAACAAUCAACCUUCUCUCGGUUAAUUUGUAUUUAUCACGUAUUUUUUUGAAGAAGGAUCGACAAAAUGAAGUUUAACAGAGCAAUGAUUUGUGGCGUUUUUCUCUUGCUCCUGGCAUACCACACAAAAGGUACGUUUGGCUAGCUUUCUUCCAGUCCAAGUGAAGUGUAUCCAUCCCUUUCAAUCUCCGUUUUGAAUUCAAGAUCAACGAUCUUUUUCUCACACAGUUGUCAUUUCUUGCUCAUUAUUCGCUUUUUGUAGAUUUUACAAUAGGUUUAUCAACCAUUAAAUAUGAUUAAAUCUCCUGCGACCUUACCCUAAUGUCAAUCACGCGAGUAGUUUUAGUAAUUGCUGAGACACAUAGACCUUGACUAUCUUUUGAUGUUUUGACAUUUUUUACCUACGCCAUUUUUAAAUAAAUACAUUACCGGCGCCGCUAAAUGUUAAUUUGAAAAAUAAUUAAGACGAAAUAUUUUGGAAAAUUUGAUUUUAUCCAAGUAAUUGGUAGACAAAACAUAUUGCCGAUAUCAGAAUAUUGCUAUUUAAAUGAUAGGGUACAAUUUCAAUUUGAAAUAUACAUUUAAACACUUUAAUAUGAAGUCAUGCUCUGAUUUGCAAGCCAAAUUAGGCGAUCGUUGUACAUUAUAAUUACUAUUUUUUCCAUUUCUUAGCAUUAAAUGACCGCGGUGAUCUAGAACCUAAAAUUUCUUAGAACCUUAACAGAACCUAAACAGAACCUAAUAGCAAGGGGCGUAAUUGUUAAUAACAAAAAAAUUCAAAAUUACCUAUUUUCUGCAUAGAAUUACAGAGUAGGGCUGGAAAUACGU